GCGCGCGCGCAGCUGCCUUGGCCGGCCGCCCCGGUAAGUCGGAGGGCGGCGAGGAGGCGAGUCCAGCCGGCCGCCGUUCUGCGCACAGGGGAGUAAGCGCCGUGCAACUUAAUAGCACCUACUUCCGAGUAAACACGGCCGGGGAAGGGAGGCGGGCGGGUUGGCUGGAGCUCGUGCGCCUUUGUCCCCUGAAGGCACCCGCGCGUGUAGGGAGACAAAAGAACAGCAUGGCAUGCAAGGAACGUGCGAAAGGCCGGUACACGUGUACCCCGCCCACCACUCGCACCCGAAGGCAGUCGCCCUCUGAGGCGGAAUAACAAAAGCUGCCCAAGGCAUUCCGGCAGGAGGGGAGUGGUUCUUCCUGGGCGGUACAAAAUAAAGGAUAUGCAGGCGGCGACCCACACGCGCAAAAGCCCCGACCAGAGGGAGCUGCCUGGCUCAACCCAGCGGUAGGGCCGGCCCCGCGUGGGCGCCUACGUCAGCCCCGCGCCCCUCCCCGGCCCGCCGGGUUUGCUCCCCACGUGCUCCUGAGACGGAGCUCAGCGUUUCCUCCGUUGCUAUUGGCUUGCUUUGAGUCGACUAGAACAGCUGCUUGGGCGGACCCGGAGCGCUGCGUGACUCUAUGCCCAUGGCCGCUGAAGACCUUGCAGGCAACUUAGCAAAUCUCUACAUUCGGCAGAAUUCUACCAGUGCCAUUUCCUUAGACUUUGAGCCUAAUGCCGACUAUCAGUUUGUGGAAAUCGUAGAAGAACGAUACAAAUGUGCCUAUUGCCACCUGGUACUUCACAAUCCUCACCAGACGGGAUGUGGGCACAGAUUUUGCCAGCGUUGCAUAGUCUCUCUGAGAGAACUGAAUGCUGUACCCACCUGUCCUGUGGACAAAGAAGUAAUAAAACUACAUGAAGUUUUCAAAGACAAUUGCUGUAAAAGGGAAGUUCUCAAUUUGCAAGUGUUUUGCAGAAAUUCACCAGCCUGUAAUGCGAAAACGUCUCUGGGGCGAUAUCAGGAUCACCUACAACAGUGUUUGUUCGAAAGCGUGCAGUGCACUAAUGAAGGAUGUUGUGAAAAAGUUAUUCGGAAGGAUUUGCAAGAACACCUAGGUUUGCAGUGCAGCUAUCGGAAGGAACUGUGCCAGUACUGCAAACAGCCUGUGACUUCAAUUGAUUUAAAGACUCACGAGAGAACAGAUUGUCCCGAUUAUCCCUUGAUUUGUCCCCAUGGCUGCCCACAGAUAAUUCUGACAAAAGAGGUAGAAGAGCAUGUCGUAAUAUGUCCGGAGGUGAAAAUUGAUUGUCCUUAUAAAAAGUAUGGCUGUUCUACAAAGAUUAAAAGAGGAAAACUUUCAGAACAUGAGAAUAUGUACUUGAGAGAACAUAUGCUUCAAAUCUUAGAUAAGAACUCAAAGCUGGAAGAUCAGAUAUCCGACCUUUAUAACAAUCUUGAACACAAAGAGAGAAAAAUACAGCAGCUAGCAGACACGAUUAAGAAGUGUGAGAGAGAUUUCAGGCAGUUUACACAGCUGUACGGUAAAAAUAGCAACUUACUGGCAAGCACUCAGACUUUGGCAAUUCACAUUGAUAAAUCUGCCUGCCUGGAAACACAAGUCAGACAGCUGGUGCAGAUGGCAAAUCAGCAGCAGAGUAAAUUCAGCCUGAGACCACUUCUGGAGACCAUUGAUAAUAUAAAGCAAAAGGUUGCUUUCCUGGAGUCAUACGAGCAGCGUUUAGUUGUUCUGGAAGACUUGUCCAACCAACAUGAUGUCCACCUCAGUAUCCACAGGGCACAACUUAACAAAAACGAAGAACGGUUUAAACUUCUAGAAGGGACAAGUUACAAUGGGAAACUGAUCUGGAAAAUUGUCGACUACAAGAUGAAGAAAAAAGAGGCUAUGGAAGGACUCUGUCCCUCUGUAGUCAGCCAGCCUUUUUACACCAGCCGCUGUGGGUACAGGUUGUCUGCCAGAGCAUACCUGAAUGGGGAUGGUUCAGGAAAGGGCACUCACGUUUCCUUGUACUUUGUAGUGAUGAGAGGGGAGUUUGAUUCGUUGUUACCAUGGCCUUUCAAGCAAAAGGUCACACUUAUGCUUCUGGACCAAAGUGGGAAGAAACAUCACAUAACAGAAACCUUUAAAGCCGACCCUCACAGCAGCAGCUUCAAGAGACCUGAAGGAGAGAUGAAUGUUGCCUCCGGGUGUCCUCGGUUUGUUGCACAUACUGUGCUCGAAAAUGCAAAGAAUACAUACAUCAGAGAUGAUACACUCUUCCUGAAAGUAGUGGUGGAUCUAACUGACCUCGAGGAAUUAUGAGAGAACUUGGAAGAGAACUGUUAAAGGCGAUGGCUUGGUGAUUUAACUGGAUUGCUUUCAGACAACAGAAAAAAGCUGCUAUUCACUCUG